AUAGAAAAUGGCAACCUUGUGUAGUUGUGUUGGAUUCAUUUUUUCGUCGUAAAAAAUAAACCAAAAUCCGUCUGCACUCACACAACAAGAGAAACAAUUUGAAUUCGUGUCGUAAUAAUAUGAAUAUAUUGUCACUUCCAGUCGGGUGAAUGUGUAGCUCAUCAAGAGUUCGUUUUGUUUUGUGGUUUUUCAGAUUUAUCUAAAUUUUUGGAUAAGAAAUCUGAUAAAUCGUUGAAUAGAUGACCAUGUCGGGGGAGCUCUCGGUUUUCCAGCGUGCUCCAUCACGUUCACCUUCUCCCGAUGAACAGGGCCAAGAUGAAGAAGAUGAAGAUUGGGCGAUUGGAUUAGCAUUUUCUUCAGAAAGGCACACAGAUAAAAUUGAAGGAUUAGAGGAUUGUGCUCAAAACUGGAGAUUAAAGGAUCGGAUGAAAACAGUAAGUGUGGCAUUGAUAUUAUGCCUUAAUGUUGGAGUAGAUCCUCCAGAUGUAGUUAAAACUCAGCCCUGUGCAAGGCUAGAAUGCUGGAUAGAUCCUUUGUCUAUGAGUCCACAAAAAGCAUUAGAAGCAAUUGGCAUCAACCUUCAGAAGCAAUAUGAGAGGUGGCAGCCCCGUGCUCGCUACAAGCAAACUCUAGAUCCUACCGCUGAUGAGAUUAAAAAAGUAACAUCUACUCUCCGAAGAAAUGCUAAAGACGAAAGAGUGCUGUUUCACUACAAUGGGCAUGGCGUUCCGAAACCAACUGCCAAUGGAGAGAUUUGGGUCUUCAAUCGCAGUUAUACGCAAUAUAUACCGCUCUCGAUUUACGACCUACAAACUUGGAUGUGGUCUCCGUCAAUUUACGUAUUUGACUGUUCAAACGCUGGCAUGAUUGUGGACGCGUUUCAACAGUUCGCGGAUCAGCAUCAGAGGGAGUACGAACAACUGAUGGCUCAAUCAAGAAACACAUUGCCUUCUCAGAUGACACCACCUCCGAAUUUCAAACAGUGCAUUCAGUUGGCUGCAUGCGCAACUAAUCAGAUUCUUCCUAUGAAUUCCGAACUGCCAGCUGAUAUAUUUACUGCAUGUCUCACAACUCCUAUUAAGAUUGCACUUCGAUGGUUUGUUUUACAAAAUACUUCCCGUUUGGUGCCCCGAAUGACACUUGAAUCAGUCGACAAAAUCCCCGGGCAGCUUAACGAUCGCAGAACUAUGCUGGGUGAAUUAAAUUGGAUUUUUACCGCUAUAACUGAUACGAUUGCUUGGAAUUCACUUCCACGGGACGUGUUCCAGCGCCUUUUCAGACAAGAUCUUCUUGUGGCUAGUCUUUUCCGGAAUUUCCUUUUAGCAGAAAGGAUACUUAAGUCGUAUGACUGCACGCCAGUCUCUUGGCCAAAGUUGCCUCCUACGUCUCAGCACCCAAUGUGGUCUGCUUGGGAUUUAGCUCUUGACAUUUGCCUCUCACAGCUACCAGGCAUUUUAGAAGGCAAGGAAACCUUCCAGAAUUCCCCUUUUUUUGAGGAACAGUUGACGGCUUUCCAAGUUUGGCUUUCGCAUGGGUCACAAAAGAGAUCUCCUCCAGAACAACUACCUAUUGUUCUGCAAGUUCUUUUAAGUCAAGUUCAUCGUUUAAGAGCACUUGAACUCUUGGGGCGAUUUUUAGAUUUAGGCCCUUGGGCUGUCAAUUUGGCGCUGUCGGUCGGCAUUUUUCCAUAUGUUUUAAAGUUACUUCAAAGUUCUGCGCGGGAACUGCGCCCAUUACUUCUAUUUAUCUGGACGAAAAUUCUUGCUGUUGAUGUUACCUGUCAAGCGGAUUUAGUCCGUGAUGGAGGACACAAAUAUUUCCUCUCUGUUCUUCAAGAUAAUUCCGUGCCGGAUGAUCAGCGCACGCUGGCCGCCUUUGUGAUUUCUAGAGUGGUCUGGAAUCAUCCUAUCGGGCAGGAUGCUGUUUCUCAAGUAGCUUUUAUCUCGAAUGCCCUGGAAAUGGUCUAUGAAAAGGAUAAAUUACUUAGACAAUGGAUCGUCAUUGGAAUUGGCUUAGCUUGGCACAAUGCUAUAGCUGCUCGUUGGUCGGCAAUUCGAGACUCCGCUCAUGAGAAACUAUUUCCGUUGUUGCGAGAUUCUGUUCCUGAGGUUCGAGCGGCCACUGCUUAUGCCCUAGGAACGUUUAUCCAUAGUGGAGGAAAGACGGAACGAAAUGAACUUGCCAACAAAAUUGAUCACGCAGUGGCCUUACAACUGGUGAAUGUUGUGAACUCGGAAGCUAGUCCUUUGGUUCGCAAAGAGAUCGUUGGCGCUCUCCAGUGGAUUGUUUUGAUAUUCGAGUCCACGUUCAUUCAAAUGGCUGUUCAACAGAUAGAAGAGGAAAAGAAUAAAGACUCGAACAGUCUCUCUCCAAACGUGGAAGUAACGUUAACUUCUUCUGGUAGUCUACAGAGGCCCACGCGUCGUUCGCGGGCCUCCACAUCCAAUGCGAUGAACCUAGGCACAAGUCCGGAACUAUCAGAUAGUGGUUUCACCCAUUCCACAAACUCCGGGCAUCCAGAUCAUAUUAGACGAGCGGUUUCUAUUUCCUCUCUCAGUAGCCUUACGAGUUCCACUUUGCCUAGUCUUGCUUUUAACACUAUUUACGUCAAACUUUGGCACGGACUUUCAAGCAUGGAAAAAGAUCCUUACCUGGAAGUCUCUACGAUGGCAAAGAAAUUAACGGAUUAUGUGCGGAAUAAGGCUAAAGAAGUGAUAGCUUCACGGGAAUCAGACGUUAGUCGUCAAUAUACGUAUUCCAAUUCGAGUAACGAUUCUAUGGAUAAAUCCCUCUACAUUGGGGACUCUCCUCCACGGGCCCUUGUCCAACGCACUACUCCCUCAUUCAACAGAAUCAGGAAACGAAGCAUACCAUCUACAAUUGUGGAAGAAGGUGAAAGUUCCAAAGAGUUGAAGGAUCCUUUAGUAGUAACCGGAUUUGUCGAAUGGUGCGCUCGUCAUUUUGCUGAACCAGCUGCGUCUAAUGAAGAUUUUCAAAUCAAUAUGAAACCCAAUCACGAAAAAGAAUUAACUAUUGAAUUCGAAAUAUGCGGGAGAACACGUGAACGAGACACUGAAAUGUACUACACGCGCGAAUGGCGAUAUACAAGAAAUGCUUCCGUUCGCCAUGAAGCUAAAGAAGAAUGUCAAAGACCAAAUAAAGCAAAAAUGAAAGAGGUUUUCUGCAAUCGGAAUCCACUGGUACCUUCAGUUAUCCGCUUUCAUCCCUACGAUCCUUGGCUUGCUGUAGCAGAUAAAGAAGGAUGCACAGUAUGGGACUGGGAAAGAAGCGUCCGUCUUGUCCAUUUUAACAAUCAACAACAACCCAGGGCUGCUCGAAUUACAUCAAUGGAUUUUGUGAACGGACAUGAUGAUGCGUUACUUCUUAUUGGUGCAGAUGAUGGGUCGUGCAGAAUCUGGCGGGAUUUUAUUCGAACAGGAUCUCGAUCAGCAAAUGCUGUUGUCGAAGAUCACACUGGAGUUUCUCUUGUUUCAGCAUGGAACUGUAUAGCUGAAAUGGCACCAUCGACUCGAUGUUCCGGUCUGGUUUUGGAUUGGAAUCAGGAUUCUUUACAAUUGCUAGCAACAGGCGAUGUUCGCUUGAUCCGCAUUUGGGACGUAGAGCGUGAAUUGAAAGUCAGCGACUUUCCUACUGGUUCAGAAAAUUGUGUGACCUCCGUUCAUCAUAACCCGCGAGAUCGAUCGCUCUUUGUAGCGUCAUGUGGAGACGGAUCAGUCCGCCUUUUUGAUCAGCGAUGCAGCGCUGCAAAAUCUAGAGUUAUGACUUGGAGGGAGCAUGCUGCUUGGGUCAUAGAUUGCGAAUGGAUUUCGGUUGAAGGAGGUGCCAACUUAGUGAGUGGCAGUCUGGCGGGUGACAUCAAGUUCAUGGAUCCUAGAAAUCCCAACUCGGUUCUCACCGUAGCCACAGCGCCUAAUUCGCAAGGAAUGACUGCCAUGGCAGUCCAUCCCAAGGCUAACUUAUUUGCUUGUGGAAUUGUCGGGCAGUACAUUACCGUACACGACCAAGAAGGAGAAGUGCGUUCUACUAUCGCGUAUCACGACGGCGGUGGUCUUUUGGGCUCCAAAAUUGCAGCUGUCUCCUGUUUAACCUUUCAUCCACAUCGGGUGUGCCUCGCUGCUGGAGGCAUGGACUCGAUGAUUUCUGUUUUUUCUUCAGAUAAGUCAAAGAAGUAGAAUGGUUUGCUUUUGUUGACUCACCGUCAAGAUUCGUCGUUUUCUUUUUUUCUGUUGGAGAUUUUUCAAUUCGAGCCGCGAGACCUCGCAUAUGUUAAAUACCCAGUUACAAACAAUCACUAUUGUGAGCGAAAGAUUCAAAAUGAAGCAUCCUCUAUAUUAAUUCAUGCACCGAAUUAAAUUAAUUGUGUAUCUUAAAUGUAUUUUUUUUUGUGUGUGAAGCUUCCUGCUGACUUCUUAUCAGUUUAUUCAUUGGGUAUGAUUUUCAUGUUAUUAUAUCGAGCUAUGCUCACGUUACACAAGAUAAGUUUACAUGCCCAUGCUGUUUGGGUCGACGUUCUCAAUCCAUGUGAGUAUUGGGUAAUACAAAGUAAUUGAAUACCAAAAACUUUGUCGAUGAAUUUCCGUCGUCAGAAUGUUUAGACGACAUUGUUCGACUUAAGUAAAAAAGAAAAUGUGAUGCUUCGGCUUUGAUCUUUCUACCCGUUUAUCAGUUGUUGCGAUAAGGUUAUCGGAACGGAGCUUUUCCGUUGUACUGAUCAGCUGGUGGCCAGAUCAAUCGUUUAUGUGUUUGAACGCAGUGAAAACCAACGUCGCAUUAGCCUUUGUUAACCUCGUAUUGAAAACGGGAUUAAGUUGUCAAACUCACCAUGAGGAUUCCCAGGUUUACUGAGAGCUGGUGUGGCUGUUCUCUUCAAACGGGGACUAAAAUUAUCAGCAUCUUUUCUGUGGUAGUAAAGCUUCUUUUAGUGAUUUUACUGAGUAUCGCAUGUGCCUCCUUCGAUGCCCUAUACAACGGUCCCCAUGACG